GGCCAUUUUUGCAAAGUCACUGCUGCUGCUGCGCUAACAGAGGAAGCUCCUGAAAAAUGUCUCCUGUACUGGAGACACGUAUAGAAGUCUACUGCCUACGUUCGGCUCUGGUUACGUUUUCGAGUUGGAAGGCACGUACUGACAGCCCAGCCCGGUGGUGUCGCAGAGGAGGGUCUAGCAGGGGAGCAGAUAUCACUGUGUAUGUAUUUAGUGUAUACAUUAUAUUCGCUGCUGAUAGCACCAGGGCCUGGACAGAUUUUAGUGCACUACAGUUGUGUUUCACAAAACAAGAACCAUCCUCUACAAUGAUGAAUUCUGACAUGGAUGCGCUUGAAUUAGAAAACCAAGUGGAACUAGAGGAAAAGACGCGACUCAUCAACCAGGUUUUGGAACUUCAACAUACAUUAGAAGAUCUCUCUGCUCGAGUUGACGCUGUUAAAGAGGAAAACUUGAAGCUCAAGUCAGAAAAUCAAGUUCUUGGACAGUACAUUGAGAAUCUCAUGUCGGCUUCCAGUGUUUUCCAGACCACAGACACCAAGAGCAAGCGGAAGUAGCGGAUCUUCCUCUCUGUAUUUUCCUCCUUUCCACUGAUUUUAUGUCUACGUCCAGUUAGCAUAGACUGUAUUGCUAGUAGUAAACUUGUACAUACGUAUAGUGACUGCGCGUACUACACUACUUUAUUAAAGUGGCACCAAAGGUCCAGAAUAGAUUAAUGCCAUGAAUGUGAAUGAUUGCAGCAGAGAACUAAAUGCAAACACAGGAUGACACUUCAUGAGAGCUAAUUGUAUUUCCACUACAGAAUCAGUGUCCCUGAUUACACUAACUUGCCUAUAUGUAAGCAGUAUCUUAGGUCUCGCCAAUACAACUAUACAAAUGGUAUUAUUAGAAUGAGAUUGAUAGAUGAUUCAAUCUGUGCUUUGUGUUCCUGCCCAGCUUGCAUGUAUGUAGUGUCAGUGAGGAGAGUUGCCUGCAGUGGAAUAGGACAGGAGUACAUUCCCCAGGGUGGUUGCUAUGGAAAAUCUGUAUUAAAAAUGUAACGGGAGAAAGCAACACACUAAUCAGAUAUUGUAAUUACAUUGUUGUAAAAUAUACAAACAAUACACAUGUAGCUAAUCAAUA